AUGUAUUCACCAAGUAACAAUUAUGAAUUUGAGGUACCAACAAGAUGGAGUAGAAGUAAAGCGUCAAGACAAUUAACAAUUUAUGACGACAAUCUAAAAAUAAUGUAUAGCGGUCCUGGUCUAAACGAUGAUGAUGCAGCGACAUUAAUUACUAAUAGCCCAUUUCGAUCUACGAUGGGUGUAGGAUAUUUUGAAAUUUAUAUCAUAGAAGAUGGAUGUGAUAACGGAUGGUUUCCAGGAUCUUAUGGAUAUCAUGGUAAUGGAAAUAUAUUCCAUGCACAAUUUUAUGGUACACCAUACUCAACAACUUACGGAAAUGGGGACGUAAUAGGCUGCUGUAUUGAUUAUAAUGCGCGAACAGUUUUUUUUACGAAAAAUGGAAUAAACUUAGGUAUUGCUUUCAACAAUAUUCCCUUAAGCAGGUUUUAUCCUAUGGUAGGUUUGCGAUAUCCUGGUCAGAUAGUUGAAGCAAACUUUGGCAAAAGUCCAUUUGCAUUUGAUAUUCAAUUAUAUAAAUCAUCCGCAC